CUACGUCUUGUAUACACUACUCGCAGUGUAUUCCUGCCUUUCCAGGGCGGGCAUGUUAGAAGGCUGGAGCUUUCAGACCUCAAGGACUGAACUAGUUCCAGCAGUGACUCCUCCUUUAAAUCCCCACUUGCAGAGGUGCUGGCAUCAGCCUUACAGAAGGGAAAGCUGCGGAGAAACGCAAUCGGCAGAUUAUCGCAUCUAACUAAAGUCCAGCCACUGUAAAUUGGCAGUUGACAGUGUCAUCUUCAUGUCAUAGGCUUCUGUGUAACAGAUAAAGUAGAAUUGGCAGUAGCAGCUAAGCAGGAAGGUGCAGGCGCCACCUCUGACUCCACUAGAGCUCUCAGGAAAGGACUAUCAAAUCCCAGCUAAAUGAGCUACCCAGGAUACCCAGGUGGGUUUCCAUCAGUGCCCACAAGUAAUAACCCAUGGGGGACUCCUGUCAACCCUCCUCCUAUUGGGCUGGAUAACAUGUCAAACUUCUCUCAGCAAUGUAAUCCCCAGCAGUACAUGACUUCAGGGUUUCCGCCAUCUGGUUUUGGAGGAAUGGGCCAACAACAGGGGAUGUACCCUCCAGGUGGAGGCUACCCAGCACCUCCAGGUGGAUAUGGAGCACCAUCAAUGCCUGGGCAAGCUCAGGCUCCUUCCUAUGGCAUGUAUCAUUAUCCAGGAGGAGGCCAACAGCCAGGAAUGCCUGGGUAUAACAUAGGAUACCCAGCAGCACCUCUGCCAGGCCAACCCAUUCCAACACCCAGCCACCCCCAGAUGCCUAUGCCUGGACAACCCCCAAUGACAUACCCUGGACAGCAGCCUACACCAAGUUAUCCUCAAUGCCCAGCAAUGAAUCAAUCAGGGCCCUCUUACUCAUCUCCUGGUAUGCCACCUUCAACAACACCUACUGUCACACCUUCAUUUGGAAAGGUGAAACGAGGAACCAUCACAGAUGCUCCAAACUUUGAUGCGCUAAGAGAUGCUGAGGUUCUUAGGAAGGCCAUGAAAGGCUUUGGAACUGAUGAGCAGGCCAUUAUUGAGUGUCUGGGGAGUCGUUCUAACAAACAAAGACAACAGAUCAGCCUCUCUUUCAAAACCGCCUAUGGAAAGGAUUUAACAAAGGAUUUAAAAUCGGAGCUUUCUGGAAAUUUCGAGAAGACAAUCCUGGCAAUGAUAAAGUCUCCAACUCUUUACGAUGCACAUGAAAUACAUGAGGCAAUUAAGGGUGCUGGCACAGAUGAAGAAUGUCUCAUUGAGAUUCUGGCUUCCAGGAGCAAUGCAGAAAUACAUGAAAUAUGUGCUGUGUACAAAACAGAAUAUAAGAAAACUUUGGAACAAGCAAUUAAAAGCGACACUUCUGGUCACUUCCUACGGCUACUGGUUUCACUGACUCAGGGAAAUCGAGAUGAAAGCAACAAUGUAGACAUGGCAUUAGUCCAACGGGAUGUGCAGGACUUGUAUGCUGCUGGAGAGAAUCGUCUGGGGACUGACGAAUCCAAAUUUAAUGCCAUUCUGUGUGCCCGCAGCAGGGCACACCUUAAUGCAGUAUUUUCAGAAUACCAGCGUAUGUGCAAUCGGGACAUUGAGAAAAGUAUCUGUCGUGAGAUGUCUGGGAACCUUGAAAGUGGAAUGUUGGCAGUUGUAAAGUGUCUAAAAAAUACACCUGCCUUCUUCGCCGAGCGCCUCUACAAAUCAAUGAAGGGUGCUGGCACAAAGGACAAGACUCUUAUCCGUAUCAUGGUUUCCCGUAGUGAGGUAGACUUGCUUGAUAUCCGUACGGAAUAUAAAAGGAUGUAUGGCAAAUCCCUUUACACAGAUAUCACGUUUUAUCUUCUCACAGGGAGACACAUCUGGAGACUACAGGAAGAUUCUGCUAAAACUCUGUGGGGGGAACGACUAAAUAUUUGUUAAUUCUUUCUUCUAUAUUGUGAAAAAAUCCUUGUCCUUUUUUGUUUUACUUUGGAAAUGUCAGAGGGUGUAUUUGCAGUUACCAUUUAGUUAUUCAUGGGCAUUCAACUCCACCCUGGCUAUACUGUAAUCUAUGCAAUAUCACUGUAGCUAGUCCAGAGUCUAGGCAAAGUGGAUACAAUGCUGUUUGCCUAGGAGUUUAGAAACUAGCUUUAUAAUGCAUGUGUAACAUACAUGUACAAUUAUAAAUAGGUUAAUUUCACAGAUUUAAAUUCAUUUUCUGAGCCAAUUCUUAUUCAGUAUAUAUGAGUUGCUUCUAGGAUGGUCCACUUUCAUCUAAUCUGUGUCUGUGGGGCAAGUUUUUAAAGCUGUGUCAAAAAAAUAAACCAUGCAAAUUCACACAAAUUUGCGUAACAGGUAGGGGUUGCUAAGUAUUACCAAUAAAGAUAUCAGCCAGCAUUGGGGGGAGGUGAGCAGUGAUAUCGUGGGGGUGGGGCAAUGACUUCACAGGGCAGGGAAUGGGCAGAUCAGGGACAUAAAAUAGGUGGAUUUGGACCCAGAGGGAGAGCAGUUUGUUAUGAAGUUGAAGCUUGAAAAAGAGUGCAUAAAUGUAUAUUUUUAUACAUUUUUGUCUUCAAAUAAAGCCAUCUUUAAAAGCCAUGUUUGAGGCUUCUGCUAUCUACAUAUUAGUUUACACCAAUUUUUAUGCCAACAGCUUUUGCUGAAUUUGUUUUAUGGAUUAUUUUUGUGAGCCAAUGCAUGCCGUUGAUCAGUGUAAUGAUAACAACUAUGCUUAAUAAAUACACCAUUUAUUUUA